GUUAGGUUUACCGGUAUAAGACAUGACGAUGAACAUCUUUACGUGCUUCGACUAUGAUAUUGUCAACUAGAUGUCGCUGCGAUAAAUGUUUAAAAACAUUUUGUUGUAAACACUGUCUAAUAUAAAUUAUUGUAUUACAGAUAGCCGUUGAUCUAGGAAGUAAAUUUAAGUUGAUCGAUAAGUUGGAAAGUGAUAAAUAACUUGAACCAGUGAAAUUUUGUGUUGAAGGAGAAAAUAAACUUCACUUUAAUUUCACCUCUGAUAACUUUAUCAACCUAUAUGGCGUUGUUGCGUGGAAGCACUCGCCGAGGAGUAGCGAAUGUCACAGACGGCCAACAAAAAACGAAUAUGGAGGAAACUAUAGAUGAUUUCCAACGUGAAACUAUGAAAUCAUUGUGGCAUGCAUUUGAUAUGUUAGAUAUUUCAAAUACAGGGACUGUACAUGUCUCCCAGCUUAAGGUAAUUACUUCAUCAAUUGGUUUGAAGAUGGGCUUUGACAAAGCAGAGGAUAUAUUAAACAAAGACGGUGUAACAAGCAUGGAUUUUAACACCUAUUUUGACAUUGUUAAAACGGAGCUUAUUGCCAAACAAGAGUGUCCAGAUACCACAGAUGAAGCUGUACUCGGUGCUCGCAUCAAUGCCAUUGUGAAGACAUGUUGGACGUUCUGUAACUUCGAGAGAAAACAUCAUUGUAAAUCAUGCACCUCGGAACACUGUGUGCUUCUCUGGCGCCUAUAUAAUUUCCUGUCAGAGACAGACAGCGACGGAGAACCAGCCAUUCCAGUCAACCUUGACCCCGAGGAGGCCGCUCUUCUUCUGAGAGAAUUUAUAGACAUCACUGGACAGCGGAGUAAAGAAAGUGAAAUCAAACAGUUUCUUAUAGAUCAUCAUGACAUUCCGUUAACAUUCGCUGAAUUUCUAAACGUGUUUGAGAAAGACUAUGUGUCGGGUUUAUCUAAUAAAAAUAUAACACAAGGAUUGAAUCAUCUAUAUGAUACAUAUAUCCUCAAUAUUCUUAAGAAAGAUAAGAUUAAGAAGAGGGGUUUUAAAGUGAAGACCUGGAAGGAACGCUGGUUGGUCCUUACUCCGUCACAACUUAAGUAUUUUAUAGGUCCAGACGAGAAAGUUCUUAAAGGGGCAAUACAUUUUGACAGCGAAUGUUCAGUAGAGGUAAAUCAAGUUUUAGCUAAUAUAUCCAAAGUUGGCAAUAUACAAGCAUACCUGUAUAUAUUAUUUAACAGGGUCCUUUUAAAUCGUGUUGGAAAAGAUCCAAAUAUCCAAAAAGAUGCUGCACGUGAACGCUGUAAGGCGCGUGCAGAGAAGCGCCGACAUUUAGCAGACGAAGAGAGAAAACGAAGAGAAGAGGCAGAACUACUGAAAAAUAGAGAAAAUGAAUUAGACGAAGAGAAAAAGGUAUGCGUCAUAUAUUUGAUAAUAAUUAGACGAGAGUCGGCGGAGUCAAAAUGGCAGGAGGAACAAGCAUACGAGAGUCCGGGGCCCAAAAAAACUCCGGGGAAAAUAAGGAGAAAAGCGAGAGCCCGGAGAGAAAACCCCACAUUUGCCGAGUUCCGAAUGAAACUUUUUGUGUUUAAAAUGUAUAUUAGAUAUUGUAACUUUCUGUUAAACAGAUUACUAGAGGAAGAGUUCGAGAAAAGAGAAGAGCUAGAAAGACUUAAGAAACAGCAAGAGGAAAUGUUACAAGCAGAAAGAGAGCAGAAAGCUGUCCUAGAGAUUGACCGUAAAGAACAAGAGAGACAACUAGCCGAGGCACAAGCUAAGCUUGAACAAUUAGAGCGUGACAAAGCCGCAGCGGCAGAUAAAAUGCAGGAAGCGGCAGAGAAACUACAAAAAGCUGAGAAAGAUCGCCACAUCAUGGAAGAGAAAGUAAAGCUGUGGAAAACACCAGUCGGAUUGGCAAGACCUAUUCAACCACAUGCUGAACCAUUAGUGACACACAGAGGAUUAGGGGCAUUCUGUGACAAAGACUUUUUAAAGAAGGCAUCUGGCACAAAAGAAAAUGAAGAUAGUGAAAGUUGCGGUUUUGAUAAGCUAGAAAAUGAUGAAAGCUCAGAUAAAGUCACAGAUGACAGUGAAAAUACAAACACAGUCAUGAUAUCAAAAGAAAAUGAUAUUGAAGAGAAAGUGAUCGAUGGUAGGACUGACUCAGAAAUUAAAAACGAAUCUUAUAAAGAAAGUUCAAAUUCUGAUCCCCACCAACAAGAUAUGCAAGAAACAGAGGAAGAAUCUAUUAUUGAUUGCAUGCAAACUGGUAAUGCCGAAAACAAGUCUGAAUGUGACUCUGAAACAAAUACUAAUGAGGUUCUUGACAACGUUAGUCCAGUAUCAAGCUUGACAGAAAUUGCGUCAGAACAAAGUGAUGAAGUUGCCAAAACAGAAUCUGAUUUCAAUAAUGGAGAUAAAGUAUGUAGUGAAAUAGGACAUGAAGGAUCCGUUAUUGAUACAGAGAAUAUAAAUUCUAAGGCAGACGACCUAAACCUCGAGAAAAUGAAAAACUUACAUUGUGGUGACAGCAUUGAGGAUACAGACAAAAUAGAUGAAACUAAUUCGUGUUCUGAACAAAAUGAAAUAAAUGGAACAGGAAGUGGGUUGGAUGAAUCAUAAUUAAUUGAUGACUUGACACACCAAACUGCAUACAUGUAGAUAUAAUGAUAGACAUGCAUGUACAUUUUACAUAUUUUUUGUUUCCCCCCUGUGAUUACUAAUUAAUUCUAAUAUAUUUAAGAUGCACUAUUUUAAUAAAGAGACUAAUUAAAUGCAUACAAACAAUA